AUGUUGGGACAGAGGGACGGCAGUUUCGUGAUGUUGUUUCUUGGAGGUUGCUGUUUGAUGGACGAAACACUUUAUGCUUGCUCCAUCUGUCUCCCUCUGUCUGUCUAUCUCCCUCUCUCCUCCCUCGCACCCCCUUAUCCGUCUGCUCUGCUAUUUUUAUUUUAUUUUAUCCAAUACAAUGCAAGGCAUCCAGUGCACUUAUUCAAGUCCAGAGCCAUGGGGAUCCCCAGUCCCGGCCACCGUUGUUCAUGCGGCGGCGGUGUGCACACACACAUAAAACACAUUGUGCAUCUGCAUCGAUUCUCAACACGUAGCCAAACACCAAAAAUCUCCUGA